AUGGAAAAAGGCGACCUUUCCACUGCGUCCUACCGGGGCCCCAAGCUCCCCAAUGUCCCCGACGAUCUCGUUGUUCCGGGAGUCCUAGAUCUAGACUGCGAUGAGUGCCUAUGGGUCCCCCAAGCCAAAGACGUCUGGUUCCGACCACUUUGCUUCAACGUGUCGCACGGCUACUUUGUCAACAUCCUGCGCGUAAGGAAGAGCGGUAUUUUGUCGCGUCACAGACAUACAGGUCCAGUACAUGCGACGGUACUGAGGGGCCGCUGGCAUUACCUUGAGCACGACUGGUGGGCCGAGGAAGGCGGGUAUGCAUUUGAACCGCCGGGUGACAUUCAUACUCUUGAAGUCCCGGAUGGAGUCGCUGAGAUGGUCACAUUGUUCUACGUGACAGGCGCCUAUGUCUAUGUUGACGUCGACGGCGUUCCUCUCGGCGUCGAGGAUGUCUUCAGUAAGCUGCAAGCGGCGAGGAAGCACUACGAAGACGUGGGACUAGGCGCGAGCUUUGCUGAUCAGUUUGUGAGGUAG